AUUAAAUCAUGAAAAUUUAUUAUGUGAGACACGGACAAUCCAUGAAUAAUAUCAUCAAUGAUCUUUCAGAUCAAGAAUAUGAAAAGAAUCGUCAAUAAGAUCCUUCUCUUUCUGAAUAAGGUAUCAAAUAGGUAAGACUAUUGACUGAUUAUCUUAAAUUAAAAAAGGUUGAAUUUGAAGAAAUUAGAUGUUCACCUUAAUAAAGAGCUAUUCAAACCGCAUAAUUACUUAGUGAAGGAUUUAAAGUUCCUCUAAAAAUAUAACAAAAUCUACACGAAAAAGGAGGUAAUUAACAAUUGAAUAAAGGAUUUCCUGGAUUAACAAGAAAGUAAUUAUUUAGAAUAUUAAUAGAGAGUUUUAGAAUCAAUAUCCAGGGUUUGAAAUAGAUGAAUUAAUACAAGAUGCAGGUUGGUAUUUUAAGGAUAAAAGGGAAACAGAUGAAGAAUGUACAUAAAGAGCAGAAAAAGUACUUUAAGAUUUACAGAAAGAAACAAAAAAAUCUAUAUUAAUAAUUGGACAUGGAAAUUUUAUGGAUUAAGUAAUGGGUAUUGUUUGUGGAAGAGCUUAAAACUCAAAAUAUUUUUAUUAUCAUUAAAAUUGUGGCAUUACAUUACUCAAAAAUGAUGGCUAUGGAUUUGAGAUAGAUUAUUAUAAUGAUUAUUCCUUUCUUGAUAUGCAUUACAUUAACACCGGAGAAGACUUACUCUUAAAAAGACUUGCCAAUUAUAAAGGAAAAAUUUGA